UUCUCUAGUGAGGGAGUUCCAUCACCCGAUCUGGGAAGGGAAAGAAGAUGAAUAGCUAGAAUUUGACCAAUAGAUUUGGUGAUCUAUUUUGUUUUUAAACGUUUUUCAAUAACUACUUCUCUGCAGCAAAGAGAGAGAGGUGUUUAAGUGUAUUUAGUCGAUCUUGUUGCUAUAAUCUUCCAAGAACUAAGUACUAAAAUUCAUUUGUGCUGAUGAUUUUAAAAAUCAUGAUCAAUUAUAGUACCUGAGUUCUUUGACACCCAUUACAACCAUCUCUAUGCAAAUCCUAGUUCAGAAGGCACCAAGAUACAUCUGCGCGAACCCUAAAUGCACAAGAUCUUCUUUACAACAACUGAGAAUGAGAUUGGCGUUUCUUAAUACAAAGAACCACAUGGUUUCUGUCACAUGAACUGGGUUUAAACCCAAAACCGAUUGACCCGUAAAUUGAACGGGCGGAGUUGGUUAUGAAAAUAAAAAUCCGCUAUAGCUGAGUUGGUAGUUGGUGUUAGAUGAAACUCGACCCGCCCGACACAUGUGCAGCUCUAAUCGUAGGCGUAUAAUACAAAAAUAGUUGGGUGGAAUAUCCUUUUCUUAUGUUUUGUUCCUCUGCGAAUUGGGGUGAAGCUAUUUCAAGGUUUUAGGCGUGGGGUUUAUGAGUGGGAGAGACGGAAGGAAAAAAGAGAGAAAACAAGAGAAGAAUCAUUGUUCGCCUUCAGAAAUUUCUCUGUGAAUUAGUAAACCCUAAAUCUCAUAUUAAAGAGUAGUUAGCUACAGGAAGGAAGAAGUGAAGUGCCUCCUUAUCUGCAACAAGUAAAUUCUAGGGUUCAUUUUUAUUGUUAUAGCAAUGGUGGGAUUAUCAUCUGGAGAGAAACAUUUCAUACAAGGCGGGAUUGCUCAAGAUCUCCGAUCUGAUGGGCGUAAAAGAUUAACGUAUCGUCCCAUUUCUAUUGAAACUGGAGUCAUCCCUCAGGCAAAUGGUUCCGCACGCGUUAGGGUAGGUGCAACUGAAGUUAUUGCCAGUGUCAAGGCAGAACUUAGUAAGCCUAAUCCGCUUCAACCUAACAAAGGAAAAGUUUCUAUAUUUGUUGAGUGUAGCCCUACAGCAGCUCCCAUGUUUCAGGGCAGAGGAGGUGAAGAGUUGUCAGUGGAGCUCUCAGUUGCCCUUCAGAGAAGCUUUUUGGGUGGUAAAAGUGGAGCAGGAGCUGGAAUCAAUCUAUCAUCUCUUAUUGUGGUGGAGGGGAAGAUAUGUUGGGACCUCUAUAUAGAUGGCCUUGUACUUAGUUCAGACGGGAAUUUAUUGGAUGUAUUAGGUGCUGCCAUCAAGGCUGCCUUGAGCGAUACAGGCAUUCCGAAGGUCAAUGUUAAUGCUGCCACAUCUCCUGAGGAACCAGCAGAGGUUGACAUAAGUGACGAAGAAUUUUUCAAGUUUGACACUUCAGGAGUGCCCGUCAUAGUAACUUUGACAAAGGUCGGUAGGCAUUACAUUGCAGAUGCAACCUCGGAAGAGGAAUCCCAAAUGAGUUCUGCAAUUUCCUGUUCCAUCAACAAGCAUGGGAAUAUAUGUGGCUUGACGAAACGUGGAGGUUCAGGUUUAGAUCCAAGUGUGAUUCUUGACAUGAUAUCUGUUGGUAAACAUGUAAGUGAACAACUAAUGAUGGAAUUGGAUUCAAAAAUUUCUGCAGCAGAAGCUUGUGAAACCGAAUAGUGAUUAGUAUUUUACAGCAAUGUAUUGUAAUCGUUACAUUAAACAGGGAUGGAAAGAUGAUAGCUAGGUUAUACUAACUUCUGUAGGUUUCGGUUUGACCAUAUCUGUAUGGAAAUGAGCAUUUUUUUGAGAAGCUCCCUGAUUCAGUUAAUGGGAUUUUUUUUGAUGCAUCUCUAGUUGCAUUAACUUGAAAAGGGAAGGAGAAAUUGAAAUGCUUUAUAUGGAGUUUACCUUUUUACCUA